AUGCCAGACGACAAGUCAUCGGCGAAAAAACGCUUGGAUCAGGUCAAUUCGCACCUUACAUCCCCCCGAUUACCCCCGGACUACUCCGACGUGCUGGACCAGAUCCACACUCUCCGCACGAUCGCAGCUACCCCGGAUCCCACUCGAAGGGGGUUUAUCCGCCAAAAGCAAGCCGGCAAACUUUGGGUUCGGGAGCGUCUUGACCUACUGCUCGAUCGCGACAGUUUCCGAGAAAUUGGCUCGGUGUCCGGCACGGUGAUAUGGGAGAAGACGGGGCCUAUGCGAGAGAAGCCCGCGUCGUUCAUCCCCAGCAACAAUGUACAGGGAAUGGGAAAAUUGCGUGGUCGCCGAGUGCUGCUGACUGCGGAUGACUUUUCUCUUCGCAGCGGGCAUGCAGAUGGCGCGACCGGGGGGAAGACCAUCUAUCUGGAGAAACUAGCACUAGCAUUGAAGUUGCCCGUCGUGAAGCUGGUUGACGGCAGUUCUGGCGGCGGCAGCGUGACGACAAUUCGCACGGCAGGUUGGAGUUAUCUGCCAUACGUUACCAUGUACAGACACGUCGUGGAUCAGUUGAACCAAGGGAUCCCCAAUUUGGGCGCGGUUGUUGGACCCGCCAUUGGCCUCGGUGCCGCACGCGUUGUCUCAUGUCAUUUCUCGGUCAUGGCGGCCGACGUCGGUGCGCUUUUCAACGCCGGGCCGGAAGUCGUAAAGGAAGCGACUUUCGAGGAGGAUCUAGAUUUCCAAAGCCUGGGCGGGCCCAUGAUUCAUUGCACGAAUGGCACGAUCGACAAUCUUGCUGCAAACGAAGCUGAAUGCUACGAGCAGAUCCGCACGGUGCUUGGGUUUCUACCCAACAGCGGCCGAGAAGCGCCCCCGACAAUCGUCAGUGACGAUCCAGAAGAUCGCGAGGACGAGGCGCUCCGGCGCAUUGUCCCCCGUCGACCGACGAGGAUGUACAACCCGCGCGUCAUCAUCACAACCGUGGUGGACAGAGACUCCUGGUUCGAGAUCGGGCCGCUUUGGGGUCGGACUGCCAUCGGGGGGCUAGCGAGACUGGGAGGACGACCGAUCGGGGUGAUCUCGCUGAACUGUGAGGUCAACGGAGGGGCAUUAGACGCUGCUGGAAGCCAGAAGCUGACGCGGUUGUUGAAACUGUGCGAUGUGACGAACCUGCCGAUUCUCCAAUUCAUCGACGUCCCCGGUUAUGCCAUAGGCACCGCAGCCGAACGUGCCGCGACAAUGCGCUGGGGAGUUGAACUCGGCAAGGCAUACUUCAGCACCACCACGCCCCUAUUCAACGUGAUAACUCGACGAGCGUACGGCGUGGCAGGAGGUCUCAUGUUAGGCGCGCGCGAUCCGGUCAUGCAGGUCGCCUGGCCGUCAGGCCAGUGGGGAUCUCUGCCUCUAGAAGGCGGCAUAGAAGUCGGCCACCGGCAUGAGCUGCGAGAAGCCGAAAAGGCGGGCCAGAAGGCAGCCCGGUACGAGGAGCUGGAGGAGGAAUAUCGACGGUUGAUGAAUCCCGUGCGUACGGCGAAUGCGUUUGGGGUGGAAGAGAUUAUUGACCCUAAGGAUACUCGACGGGUGUGCUGCUCGUGGGCGCGUCAUGUUUAUGAGAGCAUGAUCCCAGAAAGGUUGGAGAAUCGGGCGACAGGGAAGAUUCAUCCUGUCUUUGCCUAG